ACGACGAACGUUCCAUUUUUGAACUUGUGUUUGAAAAGUCCGUUAGAAGUUGUAGGAAGAUUUUUUUGGUGUUGAUUGAUUGUGAAGUGGAUGGAAGUGUUGGAUUUUAAUUACUGAAAAAGUGAGAUUGUGUGUCUAUUUAUGAGCUAGUGGCCGCCGACCGGCGCUUGCUAUGAAGCGCAAACUAUGCUCCGGUCCGUCGUUUAACUUCUCAUGCGAAGACGACAUGGAGGAGCUGAAUGUGGCGGCUCUCUCCCGCCGUAAAGAGUCGGCGGCGCCGCUGACGGGGGACAAGGAUGGCGCUAUAUUCGGCUUCUCAUACCCUCUCGCUCUGGUGUUGCGUCUGCGCGUCUUACAGAUCGUAUGCGGCAUAUCAGCGAUGGUGAUGGGCAGUGUGGCCUUCAUAGAAGAGAGGCAGAAGUUUAACAUGGGCCUCGGGAUACCGGCUGGUGGCAUCAGUGUUCUAGCAGCUGCGGUGUCCAUCCACACAUCGCGGGGUUGGGCAGUGACGAGCGGAGCGGCAGCGGGAGCGGGCGUGGCGAGCGUUCUGUGGGCUGGCGCGGCGUGUCUGCUUAUCGCGCUCGUCGUGCAGUGCUGUAGGACGAUAAUGGGACCGCCUGGAUUCGAACACGGGGACGCAUACGAUGAAGAAUCCCGCCCCUCACCCCGCGACCUGGUCGUCAUAGCGUACGUGCAAAUCGCUCUCGCGUUCGCUACACUCCUGAGCGCGGCCGUGUGCGCGCGGAUCGACUGCGCAUGACGCGAACCUCCGCGGACACUCGCGCGCCGACGCGUGUCCGCGCCUGCGGAUCCUGCGCCCACCCCUCCGAGGGAAAAGGGGGGGAGGGUGGCUUGGUUGAUAUAAAAGGUGAACUCUAAGUCAUAAUACCUAUUCAUGUAUUUACAAGUGUGACUUUAAUUGUUGUAAUAGUGACAAGGUGGACGGUAACUAAGUACUUAGUUAUAGUAUUUAUUUAUGAACACAUGUGAUUGUAUAAUUAAUUAUGUCUGAAUGGUGUGGUAAAUUGAAUAAUAUUAUAUUUACAGUAGUAAAAUUAUGUAUAUUAUGUAUUAACUGUAAAAUAUUUUUAAGUACUCUCUGUUAACAUUUCAUAUCUAAAAGUUAUUAAAUAAUAUACGU